AUGGCGGGCGCACUGAGCAACGCGAAGCGGGACACCCGUAAGAUCCGUGAUGAGGAGAAGGAGAGCCAGUUUGGCGCCGUGUACGGCGUGUCUGGCCCCGUAAUCGUCGCUGAGAACAUGAUCGGUGCGAGCAUGUACGAGCUGGUGCGUGUCGGCCACGAGGAGCUCGUCGGCGAGAUUAUCCGUAUCGACAAGGACCGCGCCACGAUCCAGGUGUACGAGGAGACGAGCGGUGUGUGCGUCGGCGACCCCGUGCUGCGCACCGGCAAGCCGCUGAGUGUGGAGCUCGGUCCGGGGCUGAUGGAGAACAUUUACGACGGUAUCCAGCGCCCGCUCGAGGCCAUCCAGGAUAAGAGCCAGAGUAUCUAUAUCCCGCGCGGUAUCAACACCCCGGCUUUGGACCGCGAGAAGAAGUGGCAGUUCACCCCCGGCAAGUUCAAGCAGGGCGACCACAUCUCGGGCGGCGACAUCUUUGGUGCGGUGUUUGAGAACCCCCUCGUGAAGGAGCACAAGGUCAUGCUGCCUCCUCGCGCCCUCGGUACGAUUACUUUUAUUGCCGAGAAGGGCGAGUACACUGUCGAGGACGUCAUCCUCGAGACCGAGUUCAACGGCAAGAAGCAGGAGCACACGCUCAUGCACUCGUGGCCGGUGCGUGCGCCGCGCCCGGUCACCGAGAAGCUGCAGGCGGAUACGCCGCUGCUGACCGGCCAGCGUGUCCUCGACUCGCUCUUCCCGUGUAUCCAGGGCGGUACGACGGCCAUUCCGGGCGCGUUCGGCUGCGGUAAGACGGUGAUUUCGCAGGCGCUCUCCAAGUUCUCCAACUCGGACAUUAUCACCUACGUUGGCUGUGGUGAGCGCGGCAACGAGAUGGCCGAGGUCCUGCAAGAGUUCCCCGAGCUCACGCUCGAGCGCGACGGCGAGGAGCAGCCCAUUAUGCGCCGCACGACGCUGGUGGCCAAUACCUCGAACAUGCCCGUUGCGGCGCGUGAGGCGUCGAUCUACACCGGUAUCACCCUCUCGGAGUACUUCCGUGACCAGGGCUACAACGUCGCCAUGAUGGCUGACUCGACCUCGCGCUGGGCCGAGGCGCUGCGUGAGAUUAGCGGUCGUCUCGCCGAGAUGCCCGCCGACUCGGGCUACCCCGCGUACCUCGGUGGUAAGCUCGCCUCGUUCUACGAGCGUGCGGGCAAGGUCGUUGCCCUCGGCUCGCCCGAGCGCAACGGCUCCGUGUCGAUCGUCGGCGCGGUGUCGCCGCCGGGUGGUGACUUUUCGGACCCGGUCACGACCGCGACGCUGGGUAUUGUCGGUGCCUUUUGGGGUCUCGACAAGAAGCUCGCGCAGCGCAAGCACUUCCCGUCGGUGAACUGGGACGUGUCCUACUCGCGCUACGCCAAGACCCUCGAGCCGUUCUACGAGAAGAACUCGCCGGGCUUCCCUGCGCUGCGCGCCUCUGCGCGUGGUCUCCUGCAAAAGGACUCGGACCUGGCCGAGAUUGUGCAGCUGGUCGGCAAGAGUGCCCUGGGCGAGAACGACAAGGUGACGCUCGAGGUCGCGCGCAUCAUCAAGGACGACUACCUGCAGCAGAACGGUAUUUCGGCCUACGACCAGUUCUGCCCCUUUUACAAGACGAACGGUAUGCUGAAGAAUAUGAUCGACUACAACGACAAGGCACAAGCCGCGAUCAACAACAACCCCGAGAUGACCUGGUCGCGCAUCCGCGAGCACACCUCGGAUAUCUUUUACCGCCUCACGCAGCAGAAGUUUGAGGACCCCAAGGACGGCGAGAAGGCGAUCCUCGAGAAGUUCGAUCAGCUGUCGAACGACAUGGCCGAGUCGUUCCGCAGCCUCUCGGACUAA